AUGGCCGAGUCAACCCAACCCACACCAAACCUAAGCACCAGCACAGACAGCCAACAGCCCUUGGCUGGUGGCAGUGCCAAUCAGCCACUGCUACCACCUCACCCAGCUCUCGCGGUCGCAGAUCUGAAGAACAUUCAAGGCGACGUGAUCGUCGGCCUCCCGAAGAAAGCGCAGAAGUUCUUCUUCUUCACCAUCGCUGAUGUCGACACCUUUCGUAAACGCUUGGUCAGUGUAAUCCCACUGAUUACGACAUGCCUGCAGACCUAUGAGAAUCGCCAGGCCAUCCGCAAACGACCCAGGAAGGAGGACCGCUUGCAUAUGAGCGGUGUAAACAUCGCUUUCUCGUGGCGUGGCCUGCAGAAGAUCGAUAAGGACCUCUUCCAAGGUGGUGCGUCAAAGGACCCGCAGUUGUUCGAGAAGGGCAUGAGAGCAACCAGACAGAGCCUGAGAGAUAACCCUGACAAUUGGGAUCCCAAGAACUGGGAGCUCUUUGAUCCAGCACUGGACAAGAAGCAGGGCUUUGAUGUGGCGCCAGAUGGAGCCGGACAAAUCGAUGGCGUAUUCAAUAUUGCCGGCGAAGAAGGCCCUCGUGUUGAGUCCGAAUGGGCGAAAGUGGCAGCAACCCUAGGCGAUUCCAUCAAUCAAGCAUUUGUACUCAAUGGUGCGGUAAGGAAGGGCCCAGAGGCUGGACAUGAGCACUUCGGCUAUAUGGAUGGCAUCUCCCAGCCCUUCAUCUUAGGCACCGAAGAUCUGCUCGGCCCAUCUCUCCCGGGCCAGGGCGAGGUCGAGCCUGGCGUCAUCCUCCUUGGCCGUAAAGGUGACAAGAUCGAGAGCCAGGGCCCCAGUCCGGCCGCCGACCUCCCCGAGCAGGAGCGUUUCGCUUGGCAAAAGGACGGCACGUUCAUGGCCUUCCGCUACCUGCGCCAGAAAGUGCCAGAGUUCGACAACUUCCUUGCCAGAGCCGCCUCCGUAGAUCCUCGUGUGAGCAAGGAUCUCCUCGGCGCGAGGAUGGUCGGGCGCUGGAAGAGCGGCGCGCCACUCGACAUUGCACCCUUCCAAGACGACCGCUCUCUUGCCGCCAAUAAAGAUGAGAACAACAACUUCCAAUUCGAGGACAACGAUAGCAUCACCUCCAACCCACAUUCGCGGUGCCCGUUCGCUGCACAUAUUCGCAAGACGCGCCCGCGCAAAGACCUGGACCCCAAAUUCAUGGACUUCGAGCGCGUUCUCCGCCGGGGCAUCCCUUACGGUCCCGGACUCGACCCAAAAGGGUCAGAGAGCAAAGUCAGCAAGGCCGAUCGCGGACUGUUGUUCGUCAGUUAUCAGAGUCACUUGAGUCGGGGGUUUGAGCUAAUGCAGAAGACAUGGGCAAAUAAUCCAGACUUCAUCUUCCGCAAAGACCCCAACCCGGGACUGGACCCUAUCAUAGGGCAGUCACAUGCCGACCCAACGGAAACCGAUGUCACAAAGCAGGGUGCCAAGCUGCGUCAAUCCACGGGAUUGUUCUCCGCGAACGCAAAGGACGGCACCAACGAGAAAGACGAGACGACUGGGGUCGCCGGGUUCAAGCUGGGCGACAAAGGGGCGCCCAAAGAUGCUGACGGCACAGACAAGGAUGAACUGGGUGAGGAGCAAGGAGAGGCCAAGCACGAGUGGGUGGAAAGUAGAGGCGGGGAGUACUUCUUCGUGCCGAGCUUGAGCUCGUUGUUGCAGUAUAUUGCUUUGUGA